AUGUAGGGUAAAUCUUUGUCAAUUACAGUAACAAGAUUACUUUAUAUUGCUAUAGUCAUAGGUAUAUGCAUACAUUAAGGAGAUAGACGUAAUAUUGAAUUAAAAGAUAUGGCUACGAUUGGAUCAUUCAAGCUUGAAGGGUUGGUACCUGCGGUUUUUACACCGAUGACAAAAGAUGGGGAAGUCGAUUACGACAAGUUUGAAAUGUAUUGCAACCAUCUUACAAGCAAAGGAAUGACCCAGAUAUAUGUAAAUGGAACAACUGGAGAAGGUUUUUCGUUAACUCUUGAAGAAAGAGAAAAGAUUGUGGAGAAGUGGAUUGAAGUCGGGAAAAAGAGCGGAAAAAUAAAGUCCAUCGUGGUACAGGUCGGAGCCUUAAAUCUUCAUGACACAAAAGCAAUGGCUGAACAUGCUGUGAAGAUGGGGGCGGACGCAAUAGCCACGGUACCGCCGCUUUUCUUUAAACCAAAAACAGUCGACUACCUUGUUAAAUAUUGUAAGGAAGUUGCGAGCGCUGCACCGAACCUUCCAUUCUACUUUUACCAUUUGCCUGGUGCAACUGGUGUGGAACUUUGCAUCGAAGAUUUCUUGAAAGUUGCUGCUAAAGAAAUACCUUCUUUUGUGGGUGUCAAAUUUUCUUCAAACGAUUUGGUAGACCUUAUUGGAUGCGUACACGUGUCAGCACCAAAUAGAGACGAUGGAAAGUUCAACAUGAUGUUUGGAUAUGACCAGAUAAUUAUGGCGGGUAUGACACUUGGAGCUGAUGGCGGAGUUGGUACUACAUUUAACUUCAUGGCGUCUGUCAUUAGAAAGGUCUUAGACAGCAAAGAUAAGGGUGACUGUAUUGAAGCACGCCUUUAUCAGUAUCGCACCCAGCAAACAUGUAAAGUGAUGUAUAAAUACGGGGAUCUUCUUGGUGGCAGCGUGGCAGCAUUCAAGGCUCUAAUGACUUUGAUUGAUGUUGAUCUUGGCCCAGCAAGAUCACCAAUGAGAUGCCCAACAGACCAAGAAUUAGAAGAGAUCAGGUCAGAACUGCAGAAUAUUGGAUUCUUUGAUUGGUAUAAUUUAAAUUGAACUGGAAUUUAUAACUUGUGUCACCUGAUGCAAGUGCGUAGAACAAAAGAAUACGCUUAUAAUACGCAACCUAUAGAAAGAUUAAUUUUGCUUUAUUUAUUUAUAUUGGUAUGGCCAUAUAUGAUAUAUAGGGAGAGGGUGAAAUUUCAGUUUGACCGACACAAAAGCGACUUUGCAAAAACUGUUUACAAAAUUAUGAUAUUUGUUUCAUCGAAAAUCAUUUUUUUUCUGUGUAUAUGUUAUAUGUUACAUAUUCGUCAGUCAAAGAAAUAUACCGUUUUAUAUCUUUCUGGUGCCGAACACCUUGAACACAUUAUGUAUUUUUGUAAUUGAAUGAAACUUCAAAAUACUAAAAUAAAAGAGAAUUUUGC